AUGCCCGCCCUUGCACGACAGCAUGUGGGCAAUCCGUUGCACCACCAUUCCGACUUUCCCGCACCGUCUUCUGCCCCCUCCGCUCCCUCUCGCGAACCAUCGGUGACACGAGGCCGCGCGCCCACGGUGAGCAGUCAGCGCGGCCGCUCCUCCCGCUCGCAAACGCCCGUCGUGGCCAUCUCCCGAGAGCGCCCCAGCCCGGACGCGGGCGUGGAAAGGAAGCUGGAGAGGAAGCCAUCGCAGUCGUACGGUCACCAUCGCAAUACUUCCAUCGUCCAUGGAAUACAACAUUCGAGGAAUACGAGCUUCGUUAACUCGCCAGCCACCAGUCCUCUCAGUCCGCAAAUAAUCGCCGCCGCCGGUGGCUCGAAUGGCCUCGAUGGCCCCUUCAUGAUGCCGCAGGACGAGCUCGCAGAACUCCCCGCCAGCAUUUCGCCGUCUGGUUCGAACGGCGGUGCGAGAUAUGGCACCGGCCCGCCCUCUGUAAGCGGUGACUACCGCGGCUACAAUGAGCAGCAAUACCGCGGGGAACCCAGGCGCCUCGAUCGCACGGACAGCCUCCGAAUCAAGCAACCGCAUGUGCGCUCGCAGUCACGGCACCAUCAUGGCCGCACUGUGGGCGAGCUGGCCCUGCACCACCUGUUCAACGCGUUUGUUGGACAGGCGGACCAGAAGAUAAAUCAAUGCGUCACUGACGUGCAGGGUGCAGAACCACGAGUCGAGUCCAUCUGCGGCCCCGGUGUCGACCCCGCCUUCGAUCAAUUGAUAUCCGCUCUUGGGCACAUAGCGCGCGAAAAACCGAAGCCUUUGAUAGAUACGUUGAUGUUCUGGCGUAAAGCGAAGAGCGAGAAGGCCAGCGACAAGAAGAAGGAAUUCGAUCAGAUGAGGGGAGCAGUGAUGCCACCAGGUGACCUCACCCAACGACGACCAGGAGAUCCUCAGGCAUAUACGAACCUGCAUGCCCCCACGCACGCUACGCUAGCCCUGCAACGGGAGGUCUUGGAGGCUGAGCGCAAAUCGACCGUCUCAAUAUAUCUCCUCUGCCGAGUCUUAAUGGAGAUCAUCGGCCAGAGCAGCUUGGCGCAUGUGACAGAGGAGAUGGCGGAACGGCUUGAGGACAUCAUCUACUCCCAGCUAAAGCAGGCUGACCCCGAAACUCUGGACGAGUCGCCUCUUCGGAACGCCAACUGGUCAAUCUUUGGUAGACUCCUCGGAGUUAUGAGCGACAUGAACUUCGACAGCGUGGCGGGAAGAUUCAUUGCUGACCUCAAGGAAAUGCAGAAGCACCUCAGCGUCAAAGGGAUCCACAACAGGGCCAUCGAGGGGAAAGCUGUGCUAAUUGUGCGGGGAAUGAAGUCCUUGAAGCUCAAAUACAGCCCAGAAGACGGUUGGGCUCGCUCCUGCGACCUGAUGCAGAACCUUGCCGAGCUUUUUGCCGAUGUCCACGGACAGCCCGUCAAGUACGCUUACUGCAACCUUUUCGAAGAGCUUCUGCUGCCGAUUGCAGCAAAUGCUACAUCUGAAGUCAACCUCCCGAAGUGGAAGCGCUUCCUUGAUACCAUCAAGCCCAGAAUUUCACAAAUGUUGAGCAAGCCAAAGCAUUGGCAGAUCGCCUUCCCUCUCAUGACGGUUUUGACAUGUGUAUCGCCUCAUGAUGCCUUUGCAUCCCAAUGGAUGAGCCUGAUCACUCCGCUAGGACCCAAGCUCAAGGAACGCACUACCCGGCCGUAUGCUCUUCGGAACAUAUGUCGACUGGUCUGGAUUUACCUGUAUAGGGUCUCCGACGCCCAUGGAAUCACGGCCAGGCGAUUGGAAGAGAUCAUCCGAUUGGUUUUCCAACCUGGAAGGAGGUCAUACCUGUCCACUGAGUCCACCAUCGCUGAGCCCCUCAUUCAGCUCAUCCGGAUCAUCGGCUUCAAGUACCAGGACCUUUGUUUCAAGAACAUCAUAUUCCCCUUGAUGAACUCUGACCAGUUUGGAAGCGGCAAGGAUCUGAAAGUGGAGAGUCUCGAGCCAGAAAGGAUGGUUAUAGGAAUCAGGGCCUUCCUUGCCGUGAUGGCAGACUUGGAAAAGGGCGAGCAGCCUCCAUUCCCCAUCUCCUUCGUAAAUGACGACCUGCUGUAUCCUCUCGAUGCGCCUCUGCAACCUGUCAGCCCUCGGCCCCCGACAAGUACCCGAACGAAAGCAGUAACAAUCAAAGAGGAACGGCUAUCCAGGCCUGUGGUUGUCACGGAUUUUCCGGAGAUCGCCAAAGAGUACUACAACAAAUUUUGCAAGAUCCUUGGCGAGAUCACGAUCAUCUGUGACAAUGCGUUUGGAGGCCAAGCGGUCCUCGAUGAGAAGUUUUCUACACCAACUCCUAAGACACCAAUGGCCGAGGCCUUCAGCUUUGGAAGGAGGGACGAUCACCUUGCCCCGACGGAUGCGCGACAGGGUUUCUAUGACCUUCUCCACGUUGCAGUCCAAGCUCUUCCCAGGUGUCUCUCACCGCACAUCAACUUCAAUCACUUGAUCAACCUUCUUUGUACGGGGACUGCCCAUGUCCAAAGUAGCAUAGCAGCCUCGUCGGCACAGUCCUUAAAAUCCAUCGCACGACAAUCCCAUGCACAGCAAGUAACCAUUGGGUUUGCGAGAUUCAUCUUCAAUUUCGAGGAUCGUUACGCCACCAUGUCCGAUGGAGGGAUGCUUGGCGCUGGGCAUAUUGAGAGCACACUGAGGCUCUAUGUGGAACUGCUUCAAAUAUGGAUUGAUGAGAUCAAGCAUAGAACUCAAAAGGCUUCGGGCGAUCCGGAAGGCGAUAAGUCAGACAACCGUGGCGCACAACUUGGCCUCACCGGAGUCGACGCGUAUGUGGAUGAGAUCGAAUCGCACGGGCUGUUCUUUCUCUGCUCGCCAUCUCGAAGAGUCCGGACUUUUGCGGUGACUGUGCUUCGACUUGUAACCGAAUUUGAUACAGCUCUGGGUAGGGAAAGCAGCCGGGUCAUUCGCAUCUUAGAAGGGAGCCCUCAGGUCGUCAUGGACGUCAACGAUGAAAAGCUCUCGGUAGCCGAGAGAAGCCGACUGCAGCGAGGAAUGCGAAAGAGCAAUCUGCACAGUACUUUGGUGGAGCUCUGCAGCAGCGAUGCACCGUACGACUCGACACUUUGGUUCAAGAUGUUCCCGAACCUCAUCAAGAUCGCUUUCGAGAUUUGCCCAUUCGCGAUUGCCCACACCAGGAACAAUGUUUGUGGACGGUUGUUUCAGAUGCAGCACACUAUUGAAGUGCUCGCACAAGCACCACGCCCGUCUCCAUAUCCCUCAUACGAAAUGGCCGCCAACAAGGGGCGCAUGGUCACUUCUCCGGAGAUGAGCAUAGAGCAGUGGAAACUCUAUCUCAUUUUCGCCUGUACCACGCUGACCACCGCCAGAGCCCAACAAGCUACGUCUCAACAAACAUCAUCACAUUCGAGAAAGGGCUCCAAAUCGUCGCAAAAGGCCUCUCCAGCCAACAGAGUUUAUUCAGCAGAUGUACUCUUCGAACGCGUUGCAGCACUUCUCCAAGCACCAAACCCUGCAGUUCGUGAAGCAGCUGUCAUUGGACUAGGCUCUAUCAACCAGAACAUUUACAGAACUCUUCUGGAGUCUUUGCAACCUUUGGUCGGGAAGUGCAACGAUGAUGCAAAGUCACGGCUCGCCACCCAGAUGAUGCAAACAACGAUGCACCAGCGUACAGUGUCUACUCCUCGACGGGAUCGAACUGUGGAUUUCCUCAGGACCGAGAUCACAAACGUGUACAAGCUGACCUCCCAUUUCCUGGAGGCACCAGAGAUUUACGGAGAUGACUGGAUUCUUAACAACCUUGUCACUUUCACGAAGGACCUUCGUCUGUUCCUUAAUGAUCAAGAAGUUCAGAAUGAGUGGAGCUACAGCAAGCUAAGGACACAUUACUGUGGCGUCAUGGAGGCCCUGUUCGAAGGAAUCAACAGGACGAAAGAUCCCAUCCGGUGGAUGCCAUUCCAAGCUCGAAAGGCUGCUUUCGCUCUCAUGGAAGAUUGGUGCGGGUAUUCUCCCAAUCAAAAUCAGAUUCGACAAAGAGAAGACUCUAUGCGCCGCUCUGUGCUCGAGCGUGAAUCGGAUCCGGGCAACAAAACAUACGCUACCGCUUCCAUGGAAAUCGAAAAGAAGGAGUUGCGCACCGCAGCUUUGAGCGCCAUGGCAACACUAUGCGCAGGGCCCAUCAGGAUUCAAACAGAAAGUGGUGUCAAUCUCCAGUUCGAUGUGAGACGAUUGAUCACUUGGAUUGACUCCAUCUUUGAUACCCUCAGCGACAAGUCUCACAGCAUUGGCCGUCGUGCUCUCCGGAACUUGAUCUUACACAACAAAGAUCAUCCAUACCUUCUUGAGCGUUCAAUCGAGAUGUGCUACCUGUGCAAGAGUUCAAAAGCACUUGAGAGUUAUUUUGAAGUCGUCACCCAGGUGAUGACUGAGCGGGAGGACUACGUACUCCCAUUCUUCAAAGUCCUCGCAGCGGGGCUCUACGCACUGGGAAAUGAGAGUAACCAGAUUCGGAUGAAGUCUGCCCGCAUUCUGCGAAUUCUUGAGGAACGUCUGCACAAGAACUCCAAACUCCAGGAUCUGGACAUCAGUAUUUCCGACAAAACCAUCGCCGUCUACAAAGCAGCACAGUUUGAAAUGUCUCGGAGGCUUGCCAAACAACAUUCGGAGCUUGCCUUCUUCGUUUUCUCCGAAUUUUCGUAUUACUUCAAUCAACUCAAGCCGGACCAGCAGCGGAAUUUGGUGGCGGCAAUGCUACCUUGGGUUCAGAUCAUCGAGCUCCAAGUUGACCCGAAUGGAGGUCCAACCGCGAAUUCGUGGAUGCUCCUGGUGAACCUUUUGGAAAUCACUAUCAAGAACGGGACCAUACUUCACAACGAGAUCCAGGCCUUGUGGCAGGCAUUAGCAAACGGCCCGCAUGCUGGAAACGUGCAACUGGUUCUCGACUUCAUCAUCUCUCUGUGCUCAGACAAACGAGAGCAGAACUUCGUGGACUAUGCCAAGCAAAUAGUUGUUUACCUGUCCAAUACUUUGGCUGGAUCGAAAGUCGUGGAGUUCCUCCUCUUGAAGAUCACACCAAGAUCCAUGGCUCCAGAGAAACACCUUACGACAAUUUUGGCUGCCGGCAGUAAGCAGUCUGGAUUCUCGAUGGGUCAGUUGUGUCUCAUCCUUCUGGUGGACCUCAUGGUGUCGCCUCUUGCCCUGAACAAAGAAAAUGUACCCUUGUUGCUCCAGGCUGUUUUGGUCUUGUGGGAUCAUUACACACCCGUCGUGCAGGACCAGGCGCGGGAAAUGCUGGUGCAUCUUAUACACGAGCUCGUCAUCUCCAAGAUCGACGUUGGGAAUACGACACCCGACAAAGAGUACAUUGAAGACUUCAUCGAAUCGAUCAGACAACAUAACCCCAAGGUUGUCUGGUCAUACGAUGAUGCCAACGGAAAGGUCGAAGAUGAGUCAGACUCCCGAGUUCCGGAAGCGAUGCACAACGUUGCAACGGAGGUGGUGAAGAUCUUUUCUAUUACCUACCCCGGAAUUCGCGAGGAAUGGGGUAAGACAACGCUCAGCUGGGCCACCAACUGUCCUAACAUGCUAGGAGACAUGUUAGCACGACUUUCAAACACGAUCUCGGACGAAGAUGACGAAAUUAUCACCUUCUCCAUGGAGAUUCUUACGACUUUGAAGACGGUGAUUGAGGCUCUGGCCAACAACGAUCUUAUCCAGUACCCGCAACUCUUCUGGACGGCGUGUGCGUGCUUACAGACCGUUCACGAAGCGGAAUUUCUCGAGAGCUUGGCAAUACUGGACAAACUCCUCGACAAAUUGGACCUCGGAGACCCUGCUGUGUUGAAGCUGCUCCGAGAAAGCUAUCCCUCCCAGUGGGACGGCACAUUUGACGGCCUCGCGGAGCUCGUGUACAAGGGAAUCAAAUCCAGCACUUGUUACGACCGAACGCUGAAGAUCCUUGAAAAACUGGCUGCUCUUCCUCCAAGCGACUUGAUUGGUUCCGAUGACGUCCUUCUCUUUACGAUUCUCGCCAACCUUCCACGCUAUCUCCGCCUCUUCGAGAAGGAGGGCAGGGACACCUUGGUGUUGGCAUCGGCAGACAACAUUGCCAACAUUGCGGAAUGCAAAGGUUACAAUGAUGUCUCCGAUGCACUGCGAUCUCUUGCAGUGAUGAGAUACCGCACAGACAAGGACUUCCUCACUCAGAUCGUAGCCGCCAUCCGAGAGGCUUUCUUCCCUGACCACGAUUUUAAGACACUGGUGUUCUUGAUGGGCCUGCUACUCAACAAGCAUGCAUGGGUCAAGGUCAGAACUAUGCAGUUGUUGUGUUUCAUCAUUCCAGACGUCGAUAUGAAGAAACCAGAGGUGACUUCGAAGGGCUCCGAUCUCAUAUCACCAUUGCUCCGGCUGUUGCAGACCGAAUUCUGCCUGCAGGCGCUCCAGGUCCUGGACAAUGUUCUCACCAUACCUUUGACUGGAGCAUCAACGCCCUUGGAUCGACACCAUCUCCGGAUGAGCAUGGCUGGCUCGCACUCAAGCAAAGCGUUCCGGAAGGAAUACGAGCGCACUCAGAGCCUGUACGGCAUUCCAGAAGAGACUGGGUGGUCUAUUCCUAUGCCGGCUGUACAUUCUGUCCUGACCCGACACAAUGUACAUGCUGUCUUCUACUCGACAGUAGCGAACGAGGCUGCGACGGCCGAAGUCUCAACGCCCAAAAUUGAGUUCAGAGCAGAAGAAUAUCCGCCUUCAUUUUCUGGGGGCUACUUCCCUGCUGAUGACAGGACGGCCACCAUGACCUCAGAUGCUACACGGAACGAUGGGCACAUUGGCGACUUGGUCAUGACCUUGGACAGUCUGGAUGAUUUCUUCGAGGAGGAAGACACAAUCAUGGACUUCAAUGGUGAAGGUCACAUGCCGUCGAGCCCGGGCACGAGUCGCUUCCAGAAUGGUGGCCUUCAAGUUCGAGAGCAUCUCUACGAUCAGCAGACGGCGCCGCUUCUGCAUAAAUCUCUCACUCGCAAUGCAAGCGUCAGCUCGUUCCAAACAGGAUUUGCGGACAUGAAGGUCACGCCAACUCGCGAUCCGGGAGUCAUGACGCCCACUGCAUUCACGUCGCCUCAGGCUCCGAACCUACCAGUGCCUCGGCCAGGCAUGCAUUCGCGUUCAGUGACGUCGCCAGCUCUCAGUCAACAGCGCACGCCGCCUGGACCUGGGCCUGGGCCUGGGCCAGUGAUUGAUGAGUACGACGAGACGUUAUCGGAUGACGAUCUUACCCUUGGCCGCGCACCGAGUGCCAGCGACUACAGAUCUAACCAUUCAUUCGACCACCAUGCGAGAGGCCCGUUCGCAAACACACGUGCUGGCAUCCGUUCACACAUGCGGCGUUUGACGGGUGGCGGCGAAAGAGACAAGGAAAAGUCGCGAGACGCGAUGCGGACAGCGCUUCAGAGGAGCCCGCAGGUCCCCAAGGUGCCUGAUGUCUACCUCCAUAACCCCAAGUCAGCGGAUCCUUGA